GUAGGCCUAAAGUGCAGGGAUGAAAAAUUCCUUUUCCCUUCUUUGAAAUUGAAAUCUCAAGAUUACGAAGCUCGACUCUUUCACUUAUUCUACACACUCUCCUUCUCAAGGCAAAAGCCGAGCAGCGGUAGCGAAGAUUGAGUCAGAUCGGAAGAGGAAAAAUUCUUCGAUCUCAUCGGCAGAUCGAAAGCCGUCAACAACAGCAGCAAGAGAUAAGAGUCAUAAGAAAAAGCCUAAAAUGUCGUCGACCAAUCAGGUUAGGGCAUCUCACAUCUUGAUCAAGCAUCAAGGCUCACGAAGAAAGGCAUCGUGGAAGGAUCCAGAAGGUAGGGUCAUCAACAACACCACCAAAGACAGUGCCAUCUCUCAACUCAAAGCUAUCCGCGAAGACAUCGUCUCCGGCAAGACCAAGUUUGACGAAGUCGCCUCUCGUAUCUCUGAUUGCAGCUCCGCAAAACGCGGUGGCGAUCUCGGUCCUUUUGGACGAGGCCAGAUGCAGAAGCCUUUUGAGGAAGUUACAUAUGCUCUUAAGAUUGGUGAGAUAAGUGAUAUCGUGGAAACUGAUAGCGGGGUUCACAUUAUCAAGAGAACUGGUUGAUUAUCUCAGUGCAUUGGACAAAGUAUCCAAGAAUGAUGUUUGAUUUUGCUUGCUUCUUUCUGGGUCAAUUGGACUGUCUUAUGAUAAUGUUAACACUUGGGAAGUGUUACUUGAAUCAAUCAAAUUGUUUUCUAAGUCAUUUUAGUUUAUAAACAUUCCUAAUUAUGAUUUGGCAUACAUUCAGUGUCUGUAAUAAUCACAUCUUGUUUGGCCAUUUUUUAUUGAAAGCUGUUACGUGCUAUGACAGUAUUUUAGCGUGCUUUUAUUCAGAA